AUGGAAAACCUCAAUCUCAAUGACCCCCCUCCGCCGGCUGCGUCGCCACAACGGCCACCACAUCCAGCGCAGCACCCCCAUCAGCAAAAUGCGGUCUUCCCGGGUCCCCCUCCACCCCAAGGUGCGCCUCAAUUGCCGCCGCAAAUGUUCACCACCGCCGCGCAGCUGUUGGAUCUAACGGAUAAGAAACUCCUCCUCGUCCUGCGCGACGGACGCAAGAUCUUCGGUGUACUACGAUCAUGGGAUCAAUUUGCGAACCUCGUUCUCACUGACACGAGAGAGCGCUAUUUCGUCUCUGUACCCUCAUCUGCCUCCACGGCCCCUGCGAAUUCUCAGUCGCAACCCGAGCAGACACAGCCCACACGCAACCUCUACUGCGACAUUCCCCGCGGCACCUUUCUUGUUAGAGGUGAAAAUGUGCUUCUUCUAGGUGAAGUGGAUCUCGACAAGGAUGACGAACCCCCUCCCGGGUACGAAGAAGGGGAUAUUGAGGAGGUGUUCCGAAUACACAAAGAGGCAGAGAUGGAAAGGAAGAAGAGAGAUCGACUGAAAAGCAAGAGGACGGCGUGGAGAGAUCCUGAGGGGAGCGGGGAGGUCUUGUUUUGA